GUGCCCAUGUGUAAACAGGAAGUACUUACAGGUUUGCAUUGUGCACAUUUUGCCGCUCACAGGGUGAUGUGAGACCUUAAAGAUCCUUCUUCCAGAAUCAAAAUGGCUCAUAUCACGAUUAAUCAGUACCUCCAACAGGUGCUGGAGGCAAUUGAUACAAGAGACGGCGUCUUCUGUGCAGAGUUGCUGUCAUUCAAACACCCACACGUAGCCAAUCCACGCCUGCAACUUUCCAGCCCCGAGGACAAGUGUCAGCAGGUGCUGGAACCUCCCUACGACGAGAUGGUUGCUGCACAUCUCAGGUGUACAUAUGCAGUGGCCAAUCAUGACUUUGUGGAGGCCUACAAAUGCCAGACAGUGGUGGUACAAUCUUUCCUGAAAGCAUUUCAAGCUCACAAAGAAGAGAACUGGGCUUUGCCAGUAAUGUUUGCUGUUACGCUUGACCUGAGAAUAUUCGCCAACAAUGCGGAGCAGCAGUUGCUGAAGAAGGGGAAGGGGAAGGUGGGAGACAUGUUGGAGAAAGCAGCCGAGCAGCUGAUGAGCUGUUUCCGAGUGUGCGCCAGUGACAAUCGGGCCGGCAUCGACGACUCAAAGAAGUGGGGGAUGCUGUUUCUGGUCAACCAGCUGUUCAAGAUCUAUUUCAAGAUCAAUAAGCUGCACCUCUGUAAGCCUCUGAUCCGGGCGAUUGACAGCUCAAACCUCAAGGACGACUACAGCAUGGCCCAGAGGGUCACCUACAAGUACUACGUGGGCCGCAAGGCCAUGUUCGACAGCGACUUCAAACUGGCAGAAGAUUACCUGUCUUUCUCCUUUCAGCACAGUCAUCGCUCCUGCCAGAGGAACAAGCGCCUUAUCCUCAUCUACCUGCUGCCUGUCAAGAUGCUGCUAGGCCACAUGCCCACAAACCAGCUGCUCCGGAAGUACGACCUACUGCAGUUCGCUGACGUUACCAAGGCAGUGAGUGAGGGCAACCUCCUGCUGUUGAAUGAGGCCCUGACCAAGCACGAGACCUUCUUCAUCCGCUGUGGCAUCUUCCUCAUUCUUGAGAAACUAAAGAUCAUCACCUACCGGAACCUUUUCAAGAAAGUGUAUCAUCUGCUGAAGACUCACCAGCUGCCUCUAGAUGCAUUCCUGGUGGCUCUGAAGAUGAUGCAGGUAGAAGAAGUGGACAUUGAUGAAGUUCAGUGCAUCCUGGCCAAUCUCAUAUACAUGGGUCACAUCAAAGGCUACAUCUCACACCAGCACCAGAAACUGGUUGUCAGUAAGCAGAAUCCUUUCCCCCCAUUGUCAUCUGUAUCUUAGAGUAGCUUCCUAUCUGUGUCUCCUGAUCUGAGGUGCUAAGUUGGAUAUUGCUGCAGUGGAGGAAUAAUGGAGUUCUUGUAACCGCAAACUUCUAUUUAUAAAAUGCCACAGCAACAAAAGAAACCUGAGUGACUGAGUUAUAAUGUUAACCACUCAUCCACUUUAAGGCAGUUUCAGUAAAGUUUGUAAUAGGAUGUCACUUUCACUUUUUUAGAACACCGCAGUUGUACACAUUUGACACUAUGAAUGAAAGGACAAAACAUCUUUUCAUAACAGUUUGCCAGUGUUGUUAAAAUGUUAAAAUGAUUGGCUUGGGAAUAUAGGAGGUUUUCAAUAUUUCAUUUUAUUUGUCUGGAAAUCAGCUUUGCGACUAUGGAGAAAGUCCUUUCAGAUUGUGGACUGGAGAGAGAGAUUUGGUGAAGUGUGUCAGACUAUGCGGUGACUGCCAUUGAAAGAUUACAACCAACCUCUCUCAAACUUUUAGAAAAAAUGCUGAAAGUGUAAACAUUUUCUGAGUGUUUCUUCAAAACCAAAUGUUCAUAAAAGAAUAUUGUAAUAUUUUGGCAUGUAGAAUAUUUGGUUCAAAGGAGCAUUUGAAUGCAGAAAUUUGAUUCAGCAACCAUGUUACAAAGCAUUUCUUUCAGAUUUUGUAUUUUCUCGUUGUUUUUAUUAUGUAAAAUAAAUGUAUUAUGAUUUUGUACAGUG